AAUAAAACAUAUCACAAGAAUCUUCACUGUGGUAAUGUGAUGAAGUUCUUUAACUGUAACAUAGCGGAUUUAGGACUUUGUGGACCAAGCAAUUCGUCUGAACCACGAGGCGUCUAUGGUUCACUACCGUUCGUGGCACCCGAAGUGUUGGCCGGCGGUCCAUUCAGUGUAAAGGCUGAUAUCUACAGUUUCGCAUUUAUAAUGUGGGAGUUGUCUUCGGGACGACCGCCAUUCUCGGACCGACCGCACGAUCACUCCUUGGCACUAGAAAUUUGUCACGGAUUUAGAGAGAGCAUCUGUCAACUCCUUGGUAUUGAUGAGGGCAACAGAGAUAACAUAGACGAACUCGAUCGAACAUUGGCGAGCGAAGUAAUUGAUCAAGAUCACAAAGUCCCUCUGGAUAUACAUCCAUUCGCUUUCUACACUAGCAAAUUUCUAUUGUUUCCGAAUUUACCCGAACCGCGAAAUUCGGCUAAAGUUGAACCGGUCACGAACACUUUGUAUUCCAAUGUGGGUGAAAUCUUGCAAGCAGAAGACGAGAUUACCUAUGAAGAGUAUGAUACAAAUUGUCCUCCUCCUCCUGAAUCAGAUGGUGAGCAUAUAUUUUAA